AUGGCGACGGCGAUAACUUCCAUGGCAACGGCUACACCUACGCUUGAUCUUACGAGGAUACAGAAUAAGUCUACACAAAUAGCCGGCCAAAAUAAACUCGAGGAAAAAUCUCAACUACACAAAACUCUCUUCCGCAUUACAUCCCAUCCGACGCUGACCCCCUUCCGGCGUCGAGUCUACCGAAUCCUCAUGAGUGUCCCCCCGGGACGAUGGACGACGUAUUCAGCGAUAUCCAAACAUCUCAACUCGGGACCUCGCGCAAUCGGGAAUGCCAUGAAGAACAAUCCAUUCGCACCUGCAGUGCCAUGUCACAGGGUCCUCGCCACAGAUCGAUCAUUAGGCGGAUAUAAGGGCGAAUGGGUUAAUGGGGGAGAAUAUUCGACGGAGAAGAUGAAACUGUUGCUCGAUGAAGGGGUGGAGUUUGAUGGUAAUGGCAAGGCGAUGGGAGUUUGCUUCGUUGAUUUUGUUGACGUACAGUGA